UCCACCCUAACACCAGCUGGUGACAGGUUGGUCCGAGCGACUGGCGAACCCAGCCCAAGAUCCCUCCAUCCCUGGACCAGAAGAUCUCUCCAUCCCUGGACCAGAAGAUCUCUCCAUCCCUGGACCAGAAGAUCCCUCCAUCCCUGGACCAGAAGAUCUCUCCAUCCCUGGACCAGAAGAUCUCUCCAUCCCUGUUGCACCUGGCAGAGACAACCUGAACAUCCAAUGAGGCUUUGUUGAUCGGGGCGGGGGGGAGUUCGAGCUUGUGUCUCUCCAGAUACCACAGCGAGAGGUCCAUCAGAGGAGAUACCUACCUCCACCACCCCCGACCUCCACCAGCAGUGCAAGGCGGUGCCGGUCGGAUUCCAGAGAGGGACAUGGGCACGGUGCUCUCGCUGUCUCCCGAGCCCAAGGGCAAGGGCGUCUCGGUAGAAGGUGGUCCACAGGGGGGCAAGGGCGCCAAGGAGAAGAGCCUGAAGAAGCACUCGGUCCUCAUCUCCGCCCUCACCUGGAAGCGUCUUGUGGCCGCCUCCGCCAAGAAGAAGAACGCCAAGAAGGUCAACCCGACGCCGGCGGUUCAGGUGUACGCCUCCGGGAACAGCGAUGCGGUGAAACAGCUCAACAGCGAGAACCUCAAGAAGUCCUGCCCACUCUUGGGUCAAGCCCCGAGCGGCCCCGAGCCUUACCCGGGGCAACAGAAGCCUCCCAGCGCCCCCAUCCCCGUCCCGGUGCCAGUGGCCCCCACCAACCUCCUCAAGCCCACGACCAAGAACCUCCAGCCCUCCCAGAAGCAGCCUAGUGGCGGCGGUCUCUGCUCCUCUCCUCGCCGAGUGGUGGUGCAGGCGUCCACAGGCGAGCUCCUCCGAAGCUUGGGCGACUUUCUGUGCCGCCGGUGCUACCGCCUGAAGCAGAUGAACGCCAACGAGCCGGUGCUGUGGUUCAGGAACGUGGACCGCUCGCUGCUCAUCCAGGGCUGGCAAGAUCAGGGCUUCAUCACCCCGGCCAACGUGGUCUUCGUCUACCUCCUCUGCAGGGAGGUGGUGGACGGGGAGAUCGCCACCGACUUCGAACUGCAAGCCACGUUCCUGACCUGUCUCUACCUCGCCUAUUCCUACAUGGGCAACGAGAUAUCUUACCCACUCAAGCCCUUCCUGGUGGAAACCAACAAGGAGGUCUUCUGGGAACGUAGCCUUGCCAUCAUCGACCGGAUGAGUGCCAAAAUGCUUAGGAUAAACUCCGACCCACACUAUUUCACCGAGGUCUUCCAAGAUCUCAAGAACGAAUCCAAUAUCAGAGACUCCAAGGGGCAGUAUAUAAUAAGUCUGGACCGUUAGAAUAGCCUUUUUUUUUUUUUUUAAUCUAAAUCAAUAAAAUAACAUUAAUGAUAAUUCUAUAUAAUAGCCGAACGAGUGGGUGCCGAGCAAGUGUCCAUUGUUAAUCUCAGAGAGCAGUUCCAAGGCCCCGGGGCCACCAGAGUUAAAUCAGAGGAGGUUUUGGAAAUUAAAAAAACUGGCCUUGAAGCCGAACAAAAUAAAAGAUUGACGUAGAAUUGCAGCAUCAGAAACCGAAGCCUAAAUCUCUGUGAGUUAUUUAUUUAUCCAAACUGUGCUGUGAUUCGCAGUAUCAACGGUGGUCACUGUUCAUUUCUGAAAGGUUAUUCUAAAUUUAUUUUCCAUUGUUGUUUUUUUUUUUUGGAGAUGACAAAGGCUUGCAUGAUAUUGUCACUGUAACGCGAGGCCGGUUUCAAACGAACAAUUUCGCGCGGUUCCACGGGCUAUUUGUUGGAUACAUGCUGUAGAUAACCUGUGAAUUUAAACUCAAAUCUAUAUAUAUUUAUAUAGAUUUGAGUUUAAAUAUAUACAUAUAUAUAUAUAUAUAUCUAUGUGCGCACACAUACAUUUAUUUAUUUUUUCCCAUUUGGGAAAGAGAUUUGUUCCAGCGUCUUGGCCAUGACUGGGUGGUGGUGUGUGUGUGAUUGAUUGUGUGUGUGUGUGUGUGUGU